UCCUUUCAACAAGUGUAACGGAUAAUGGAUAUUUUUUCUCUUCCUGCCACUCUUGAGUUCCCUCGCUCUCCUAUCCUCUCCCCGUCAACUAGAAAACAUCACUCCAUCACCACUACCACUACCACCACCACCCCCACCACCUCAACCUCCAUCUCUUGCUCCCACGACUCACCACCACACUCAGAAUCCACCAACUCUUCUUCUCUCCGCCGUCCCAAUUCCCUCAAGUCCACCAGUACCACUUCCACAAGAACUCCUACUCCCACUCCUAAAACCCCCAAGAACCCUUUCAAAAUCCUUCUUAAUCAACCUUCUCAUGUCCCUUCUCCACCACCACAAACAACAAACACUCACUCUCUCUCGUCCAAACUCCGUCUUUCUGGCAAACUCUUUCCCCUUCCGCCGCCGCCGCUGCCGCUGCCGCCACCUCCUCCAGUACCAAGAGCUAAAACCCAAGUUGAUAAACAUCAAGAAAAUGAAUCUCACAAACCUGAAUUCCGUCAAGAGGGUAAAAUAUUCAUUGGGAAUCUACCAAACUGGAUAAAGAAGCAUGAAAUAAGUGAGUUCUUUCGACAGUUUGGUCCUAUAAAAAAAGUAAUCUUGAUAAAAGGGUAUAAUGAAACUGAAAGAAAUGCUGGGUUUGGUUUUGUCAUAUAUGAUGAUAAAACAGCUGAAAAGUCUGCUACGAAAGCUGUGGAAUUUGAUGGAAUGGAGUUUCAUGGAAGGAUUCUUACAGUGAAAUUGGAUGAUGGGCGACGACUAAAAGCUAAAGCCGAUGAAAGAAAACGGUGGGUUGAAGGAGAGGAUGGUGACGAUUACGAGUCCAAGUGGCAUGAAGAAAGAGAUGGGUCUAGAAAGGCAUUUCGAAGGGUUUUGGAGACACAACCGGAGAAUUGGCAAGAUGUUGUUAGUGCUUUCGAGAGGAUUAAGAAGCCUUCCAGAAGGGAGUAUGGAUUAAUGGUGAGCUAUUAUGCAAGACGAGGCGAUAUGCAUCGUGCUCGUCAAACUUUUGAGAGCAUGCGAGCUAGGGGAAUAGAACCAACGUCACAUGUCUACACUAGCCUUAUUCACGCUUAUGCAGUUGGUCGAGACAUGGAAGAAGCAUUGUCUUGUGCUAGGAAAAUGAAAGAAGAGGGCGUUGAAAUGAGCUUGGUAACUUAUAGCAUAAUUGUGGGGGGAUUUGCUAAAAUUGGUAAUGCUGAUGCUGCAGAUCGCUGGUUUAAGGAGGCCAAAGAUAGACAUUCACAUAUGAAUGCAAUCAUUUAUGGGAACAUGAUUUAUGCUUAUUGCCAAACAUGCAAUAUGGAUCAAGCUGAAGCUUUGGUGAGGGAGAUGGAAGGGGAAGGAAUAGAUGCUCCUAUUGACAUAUAUCACACAAUGAUGGAUGGUUACACCAUGGUUGGAAAUGAAGAGAAAUGUUUGACUGUAUUUGAAAGACUCAAGGAAUGUGGAUUUGCACCCUCAGUUGUCAGCUAUGGAUGUCUCAUCAAUCUGUACGCUAAGGUUGGUAAAAUCUCUAAAGCCCUCGAAGUUAGCAAAAUGAUGGAGUCAGCUGGUAUAAAACACAACAUGAAGACUUAUUCCAUGUUAAUCAAUGGAUUCUUGAAGUUAAAAGAUUGGGCCAAUGCAUUUGCAAUUUUUGAAGAUGUUGUCAAGGAUGGGUUGAAGCCUGAUGUGGUACUCUACAAUAACAUCAUUAGAGCAUUCUGCGGAAUGGGAACCAUGGAUCGUGCUAUCUGUAUGGUAAAAGAAAUGCAGAAGGAAAGGCAUAGGCCUACUUCACGUACAUUUAUGCCCAUUAUACAUGGAUUUGCACGAGCUGGAGAAAUGAAAAGAGCUCUAGAUGUUUUCGAUAUGAUGAGGCGGAGUGGAUGUAUUCCAACAGUGCACACUUUCAAUGCUUUGAUUCUUGGUUUGGUAGAGAAGCGCCAGAUGGAGAAAGCUAUUGAAAUAUUGGAUGAGAUGGCACUGGCAGGUGUAAGUCCAAAUGAGCAUACAUACACAACAAUCAUGCAUGGGUAUGCGGCAUUAGGUGAUACUGGAAAAGCCUUUGAGUAUUUCACCAAACUGAGAGACGAAGGACUACAGCUUGAUGUGUACACAUACGAGGCAUUGUUGAAGGCAUGCUGCAAGUCAGGCAGGAUGCAAAGUGCUUUAGCAGUGACAAAAGAAAUGAGUGCUCAAAAUAUUCCGAGGAACACUUUUGUUUAUAAUAUUUUGAUUGAUGGAUGGGCUCGAAGAGGUGAUGUUUGGGAGGCCGCUGACCUUAUGCAACAAAUGAAACAAGGAGGAGUUAAACCUGAUAUUCAUACUUAUACAUCAUUCAUAAAUGCUUGUUGCAAGGCUGGGGACAUGCUGAGAGCAUCAAAAAUGAUGGAGGAAAUGGAGACGUCUGGAGUGAAGCCAAAUGUUAAAACCUACACUACACUGAUACAUGGGUGGGCACGUGCAUCUCUUCCAGAAAAGGCUUUGAGAUGCUUUCAAGAAAUGAAGUUGGCAGGAUUAAAGCCUGACAAAGCUGUAUACCAUUGCUUGAUGACAGCAUUGCUAUCCAGGGCUACUGUUACCGAAGCAUAUGUUCGCCCUGGUAUUCUUUCCAUUUGUAAAGAGAUGAUAGAAUCUGGGUUGAUUGUAGAUAUGGGGACAGCAGUUCACUGGUCCAAGUCUCUGCGCAAGAUUGAGAGAACAGGUGGGGAGCUUACAGAAGCCUUGCAAAAAACUUUCCCUCCUGAUUGGAAUAUGCGCCACAGUGUAGAUGCCGAUCCUGAGUCAUGCGACGAUGAGCUUGACAAUGAUGGUGAGAACGACAUGUAUUCCGGCGGAAUGCAUGCUGAUGAUGAAGAUGAUGUUGAUAAUGACAAUGAUGAAGAUGAUUACUUCAACCAAAGACUCUCUAACAUAAAGUAAGUUACGCGGCACUUGAAGCUUGCUUAUGUUGCGAUUGAGACAUGGUUCUCUCUCUCUCCCUCGAAAUUUUGGUUCUACUUAUGAGGUAAUUAGGUAGAGCAAAUUACAUCUUGCGGCCUGUUUGUAAAUGGGAGGCCUGUUUAUAGAUGGGAGCUGGUAGUUAUUAACUAUUAUUUAUAAAUUAAACCGUUCGGUAGUAUUUUAUUCGAUAAUAUUUUAUUAAUUAUUUAGGGAAUACUUUACUCUAAAUGUAUAUUUUAUGAUAUUGUUUUAGUGAUACAAAUUAGUAAAAAUAUCUCUUAAUUAUAAUUAAAUUUUAUUCAA